AUUGGUUCGUUGCAAGACUUUUAAAUUCCAAACGGUUGUGUCUCAGAGCAGGAGGGUUUUUCAAACGUUCACUAGUCUUCAUCAGUAGCCUGCAGUUCAGUUCGCUGACCAAAGACGUUAAAACUCCGGCCAACUGCAACUCGUUGUUAAGGAUGAGUUCUGUUGCUGUGAAUGAUGAGAAUUGUGGGGUCUGCCCUGGAGGAAAGCAGAACGGCUCAAUUAAUGACAUUUUUGCUCUGGACCAGCCAACUGGGAGACCAUCCAUCCUGCGUCAGACAGAAAACCUGCCUAGCAAGACUAUGCCAAAGGGGGUGAAGGUUUGUUUUCAGACUCCAAGAAGAGAUCCUGUGACUAAAAGAAUCGUGUCUCCAACUAAAUCUGCUAAGAUGGCAAGUUUGGAUGAGUGUACAAAAGCAAUGGAGUCCUUGCGUUUGGAUAAACUAAAUACUCCAUCACAAAAUGCCCCUGAGCAGCCUAAUGAGCCCAAACAAGAAGUUUCAUCUUACCCUGAUGAUGAGAUGCCCAUACAAAGCAAAGGAGGCUACCAGCUGGAUUUUGACAACCUUGAGGCCAUGGAUCCAUUUCAGUGCUCCAAUAAGAUGGUCCUCUCUCCUGCGAGGCCCGCUGUCCAAAACCCUCCGACAGAAUCUCAAAUCGAACCAGAGAAUAUCUUGGUGGAGCCCACCAAGGCAGAAUCUGCACUGGACGAGACACUUCCAUUCACCCCGUCUGUGGAAAACUCACUGGCUGACCUCUCUGCCAACAUCAGCUCCACAGAGAGCAGUGUUGUCACAGUGACGAAGGUCCAAGAAGGAGACGAACAAGAUUCAUGCAUUGCCACACCUGAUACAAAACAGCCUGCUGAAGCAUCUCAUAAGAUCGAUCAAGACAAAGUGUCCGGCAGUUUUGUUGAAGAUGCUCCACUGCCAGUCAAAGGUUCUUACAACUUUGAUUUUGACAACCUUGAUGCAGUCAAUCCUUUCCAAACUGGCAGCUCUAAAAUUCAGAAUUCCCCCGUCCUUGGGAGAAAGGUGCCAGACAUCACCCCACCUCUCGAGGAGACGCAGAUAAAAGAAGAUAAUCCCGCAAAUGUUGUUGACAUACCUGAGGAAGUUCAAGAGGUGCCAGUUCAGCUUGAUCAAGACAAAGUGUCAAGCAGCUUUGUGGAAGAUGCUCCACUGCCAGCGAAAGGUUCUUACAACUUUGAUUUUGACAACCUUGAUGCAGUCAAUCCUUUCCAAACCGGCGGCUCUAAAAUUCAGAAUUCCCCGGUCCUUGGGAGAAAGGUGCCAGACAUCACCCCACCUCUCGAGGAGACGCAGAUAAAAGAAGAUAACCCCUCAAAUGUUGUUGACAUACCUCAGGUGGUUCAAGAGGUGCCAGUUCAGCCUGAGAUGAAACCAAUAGCUACAGUGGCCCCAAUCUCAGCUAAUGCUGCUGAAUCUACGUCCCAGCCAGCUGAUGCGCCAUGCAAGGAAGGACCAGUCAAACUCGAGUUCAAUUUCGAUGAUGGCAGUGAGGUCAAACGCAAACCUCCACCCAAGAAAUUUGGCAAAAGGCCACCUGGUCUAAAACCUAAAGAGGGGAAGCCACCAGGUCAAACUGCCAAACCGCCAAAAGAAACUCCAGUGCAGCCUGAUGCCAGUGACGCUGCAGAGGUUCUGCUUCCCAAAGGGUCUUACUCUCUUGACCUUGACAAGUUGGAUGAUCCAAACUUCAAUCCCUUCGGCACAGCAGCAAGCAUGAGCAACUCUCCGAAAUGUAGCAAGAAAUCGGCCCCUGUGCUUGCAGAAACAUCGAUUCCAGAGCAACCAGACAAGCCUGUGGAGAAGGAAGCCGUAUCAUCUGCAUGCUCUGGAGAGAGUAUCCCAGCUGCAGAAGCCAACCCUGGAGCAGAAAGACAAAAUGCUGAAGACAAGGCUCCUUCUGACCGUGACAUGGGGUUACAGCUUGAAGCUGAACGCCCUGUGGAGAGUCUUCCUGAGUUGUGUCAACCUGAUCAGAAGUCACAGGUUGCCAAGUCAGAAUUCAACGACGAGUUUGUUCCUGGAACUGUGUUCAUGGCCAAUGACUUUGACGGGCAAAUCGAUUACCUUGAACAGUUUGGCUCCAGCAGCUUCAAAGAAUCUGCAUUGAGGAAGCAAUCCUUGUACCUCAAGUUUGACCCCCUCCUGAGAGACAGCCCCAAGAAGUCUGCAGGCCCGGUACCUCAGACCCACGAUGUCCCUCGCCCCGCUGCCUUUGCUUCACGGCUUGAAACUCUACAGACUGCAGAAACAUAUGCAAGUGGAGCACAAAAGGAUGAUUUUAAACUGUUUGAUGAUGCUACAGCACCAGCAAUCCUCGCAACCCUCGUCCCUCCUUUCCCUCAGCCAGCAAACACAGAGGACGCCAUUAUUGAAGUGCUGAAGUACAGUCAGAAAGACAUGGAUGACGCCAUCGCCAGGGUCCAGGCACAAGCAAAGGAACAAGAGGACCAAUGGAGUGCAAAGUAUAAAAAGAUACUCGACGAUGGUCAAGAGAUGAGGAAAAUAAUUGCAGAAUUUGAGCUUGUGAUUGCAAAAAUGAUGGCUGACCAGGAGAAGGAGAGGGAGGUGGCCCAGGAGAAGCUCAAGGAAGCCCUGCUGGAGAAGGACCAGGUGUCCAGUGACCUGAACACCAUGGAGAGAUCUUUCUCCGACCUUUUCAAGAGACUGGAGAAGUACAAGGAUGUCGUUGAGGGCUACAAAAAGAAUGAAGUCGCUCUGAAAGCUUGUGCUCAGGAUUAUCUGGAGAGGAUCAAAAAGGAGGAGCAGCGCUACCAGACCCUCAAAGCCCACGCUGAGGAGAAAAUUUCCCAUGCAAAUGAUAUGAUUGCUGACGUGCGGUCAAAGAACAAGGCUGAGCUGUCAGCACUUCAAGCCCAGCUGCGGCGGGAGCAGCUGAAGGUGCAGUCACUGGACAAGAGCCUGGACCAGAAGGUGAAGGAGUGUGAAGAGCUCACCAAACUCUGUGAUGAACUUAUCACCAAUGUGGGGAAGGGUUGAGCUCAUUUGUAAAUACUGUAAAUUUUAAUGUCUUUUCUUCAUUAUAGUUCCUGUCCAGAUCAUUUUCUUUUCCUAGUUUGUCUUUGUAAAUGUUCUUCUUAUACUGUAAAAAGGGUUAAUAAAGAUGAUUUACA